AUGCUUUCAGAGACGUCUCUAACUAAAAAUUGGCUAAAGAUAAAGCUCCAAAACAUAAAAAGAAUCACCGGCCUCCAAUUCUCUGACGAUGUUCUGAUUUCAAUAUUGAUUUGUUUAAUCUCUGGAGACAAGCACUUGAUAUUAACAUGUAAACAAGAAAACACCGACGAACUUCGAACAAUGCUCGAACAGAUUUUUCACCACAUUUUCGGAUUAACCUGUUCCACCGUUACUUGUGAUCCAUCACAAACAACUGCCGAUUUUAUAACCAAUCUCUUCAGCAGACCAAAAGAUGAUAAUAAUGCUUUUGCUGGAUACGCCGAGGACGUGUCGAAUCGGUUGAAACCACAAAAGUCAAUCAAAUCAUUUAAGACAGUAAGCUCGACGAAAUCCACCGAACGAAAACUUUCUUACGAUAUCAAAAGGCUAAAGCGUCGAUCAAACAUCUCAAACUUAACUGAUGAUUCGCAUUUGCUUUCAAGUGUUUAUAACGACAACAUGGAACCAUCAAUAGCUGAUUCAGGAGAGUCCAACAUUCAGAAGUCCAGGGAACGUGUUCGAACUGCUGACAGUGUAAAGGAUUCACCAUUUGUAUCUGCCAGGCCACCGAGCCCUCAAAUACACUGGAAGAACAUUACAACAAGUCAACCCAUAGAUAUUCCUGACAGACCUUCGUCGCGUCCAAGUCUCAGCAUCAACACGACUGGAUUUUCAGGGUCACCUCGAAAAAAUAUGUAUCACCCGCAUUUUGUUCCACAGUCCCAAUCUCCGGCCACGCCAAGUGAUUAUGCUUUUUCCAAGAAAAAACAUGAGAGUGUUGCCACAAGCAGUUAUGAACCACAUUCACCUUACAUUAUGCACUCUCGAAAAUUGGCACAAGUAGCAAUAAUUGAAUAUUUAACUGAUGCAAACGAAAUUAUACAUGCAUUCAUAAUGGAAGAGAUUCUAGUAAAAAAGCAAAUCAUUGACAAAUCGACCACAUAUAAUUUACCAACACCAUUUAUUCUAAUUGCUUUGUUGCCGGCAACAUCCUCGAAACCAAAUUUACCCAAUUACUUGAUCGAUAGGUUUUUCAUUAGUUAUACCUACGAGGGGAUGCCCGGAGUUGGAAAAUAUCCAAUUACACCCAGUCGCAAAAACUCGGUGAUAAAACCAACGGAAAUUGAAGAGUUAUCAAAAAAGAUGGAUCAAGUUACGGUACAUAACGACAUGCAACGUUACAUAAGGGAUGUGGUGGUCGGACUACGUACACAUCGUUUAGUCAAAGGUGGCUUAACCGCUCGGGCGUCAAGUGACUUUGUAACACUCGUCAAAGCUUUAGCUGCCAUAUUUCAGCGUAGUUAUGCAACCCCAGAGCUUGUAUUAUUUGCUAGUGAAAAAGUAUUUUCACACCGGUUAAUAUUAAGAGAGUUCAAUGACGACAAAAGCACUAUGUACGGAACAAACAUGACGACACUAUUAAAAGCCCGAAGUCUUGCACCAAAGAUCCCGACGUCUAGCGAUGUCGUUGCAGAUGUCUUGCAAGCAGUUUGGCCUCCUGUCUGA